UCUAUGCUGGGAUUAAUAUAUUUUUACGAGUUCGUCAUUUGUAAAUCUUAUCGAAACAGUCAUUCUUAAAUUCUUGACUUAUUUCAAAUCUGUAAUAUUUGAUUACUUCCACAUUGUAUUAAUUAGUGAGUGUAAUUUUUAUUAUUAGCUGUUAAUAUUGAUUGACAUACUGAGGCAAUUGUUCUUAAUAGAAAUAUUAAUGUUCAAUAUGUAAAUAAUUCAACACCGUGACGAACAUAUUGAAUUCGAGUGUUAAUUUACUCUAUUUAAUUUUAACUUUUUUGGAUUAAUUGUUUUUAAUAAAUUACUAAUGUAUCAUUAUUGCUAUUCAUCUGCGUUAAUAAUUAUCUUCAUUACAAAUAGUAUGGUUUUAUUAUUUUUGCAGUACUGGUGAUGAUUUUGACACGAAAUUAUGGAAGAACCUUAUGAAAAAGAAUUGUAUAAUAUAUUCAAAAGUUUUGAAAGUGAUGAAAACGAUGAAUUGGAUCAUAAGGAAGUGAAUGCUCUUUGUGAAACAUUGCAAUUGGAUUUUAGUCAACGUAAACAAAUAUGGUCAUACUUAGAUCAAAACUCAAACGUUUCAUUUGAACAAUUUCGAGAUGCUCUUGUUUAUCUGGCUAAUAACGGUUUAAAGGAAGAGACUAGGGACAUUUCUCCUGGUAAGAAUAGAACUAUAUUUAUUCUUUUCUAUCUUGUUUAAAAAAUUGUUUAGGUAUCAAUAAGUAUAUUCAUUAAAAUAAAAAGACUUCAAUAAAUAUAAACAGGUACCACUAUAGUAUAGAAAUUAUCAAAUAUUUUUAUACCUUGACCUUGUUUUCUACAUUCCUUUCACUUCACCAUAUUAUUGUUCACAGAUAGAUAAGCCUAUUAUUUUAUUAUCAUAUAUUUUUGUUGACAUGCGUCUAUUUUGUAUUAACUAAACAAAAUCUAUACAUUUUUCCAAACCUUAUAAAGGAAUAUAUUAAAUUAGAAGGUGCCCGUUGAAAGGAUUUUGUCAAUGUCAAUUAAAAUUGACAUAAUAAUUUUAACGAAAAAUUGAACUAAAAACUUAUUUUUUUCUAGAGCCCUAAGUUCUUAAUUUUAAUAUUAUUUAUUUUACAAUUAUUGAAAUAUUUUCAUAAAUUAUAAUCCAUUUCCAGCCAAAUGUUUGCACAAGGGGGGGUUUGUUUAUACUAAUAAUUAUAUUGUAUGAGGUACCUAUAAGUUUUUUUUUAGAUUCUGAAUAGAGAUAAGAUGCUUACAGUUUUAAAAAGAUGUAUAUUACCAUUUUUUUUCCUUGCAUAACUUUUCUACUAGAAAUUUUACUCCAACUUUUAUUGAUAGCAAUGUUUCUUAAAAUAAAUUUCACUAGGAAGGCCCUUUAGAGAGGUCAUUUUUUGAUUUUCUCAGGAGUUUUCCCAGUAAAUGUAAAAAACAUGGAAAAACAGAAAAAUUGGGAAAAUUGGUACAACAUUAACCAAAUAAUAUUAAAGAAAAUUUAUAAAGCCUAUUUAAUUAUUUUACUAUAAAAUGACUUAUAUAUAUAUAUUGUUGACAAAGUAUCACUAUCAACUGAACUCCGCUCAGAUUCGUUUUUUUAUAAGCAAUAGUUUAUCUUUACUUACAGGUAUACAUUAAAUUAUCUAUAACAAUGGUUGCACCUAUCCCCAUUGUCCUAGGAAGUCUUUUUUUGUUAUUAUUAAUAAAGUUUUCCUGACAUAUCUAUGUCAACUAAACUUAAUAGUCUAGGUAUUCUAAUUUGUUUUUAACUUUCUGUACAAAAGAAUGGUUAUUUGCAAUUUAAUAAUAUUGAGGAAUGUAUAUAAAAAUAUUAAAUUAAAAUUUUUACAAUGAAUACACGAAUGGUAAAUGUAUAAUAUACAUAAUAACUAUGGUAUAAUAAAUUAUAUAUUUAUUUUAAUAGACAUACCUAGUUAAUUUUUAAUUAAUUCAAAAUAUAAAGUACAUAAUAAAACUUUACAUAUAAUAUAUAUUAUAAUUUUAAAAACUUUUUAUAUAGUGAACAGAAAUAAAUGAAAUUAUGAAAUUAAAUAAGGUAUUAUUUAAAUUAUUACAACAUUCUCAUUAAAAGUUGAGGAUUAGUACAAAAUAUAUUUUUUAAGUAAUAAAAUUUACUAUUGUUAUUAACUUAUUGUAAGAAUUAUUAAAUAACAACUAAGUUUACUAUUUUUAUAAAAUUGGCAUAUUAAUACUGCGUAAUUUAGUGUUUCUUUACAUGAGAUUGUUAAUUCGACACACAUUCAGUAGAUUAAUACUAAUAACUAAUGAGUGUCAUUAUUUAUACCUGUAAUUUAUUAAUUAACUGAUUAGCAUUGUUAUUUUAUCUUUAUGGGAAAUACUCGGUUGUUAAAUGUUAUCAAACAGAUUAUGAUUAUCAUAAAUACCAAUUACAAAUAAUUGGAACAGGUAAAUUUCAUGUUAUACAGGUACUAAUAUUAAUGUUAUUUUUUUAAAUUUUUAAUCUUCAAAAUGAUUAAUAGCUAAAUUACUUCUUCGUGUUUUUUUAGUUUGCUCUUUGUUUUAGUUUUUUUUAUGUGUUAGCUCUCUCAUCUUAUUUUUUUUUCUUGGUUUAUUCAAGACCAUUUAGACCCAUCACUGUUCCCACUAUGUUUUGCCAAUCAUUUAUAUUCAACACUGAGCUUUCUCCAUCCCUGAUUCCUAGGAGCUUACAGUUUUCACUGAUUUGAUCUCCCCACCACUGUCUUAUGGGCUUCUUGGUUUUGAUCUAUUCGGCUUUAAAUUUGUGACCUUGUUAACUACCUUAUCUUCCUCCCUUCACACAUCUCUUGCCCAGCUUAUAUUUUUUAACUUUUUCAAAUACCUCCUAUAUUGCGUUUAUGAAACAUUUCCCUUUGUCCUUCGUUCAUAUUGAUUUUUCUCGAGCCAUUUAUCCCCCUUUAUAUAUUAAUUUCAAAUGUUAUUAGUCUUUUCUUUUUUUUUUGCCUUCAUUGAUACCCACGCUUUACAUGCAUACAGUAUAAUAGGCCUGAUUAGAGAACUUUUUAGAACUUGAUUUCCAGAUUUUAGUUUUCCUCAGUAAUGGUUUUGACUUUAACAAUGAUACUAUUGAAAAAUAGCACUUAUUUUCUGCUGUUAUCCCACAAUUUAUUUUAUUGAGGCUAUUUACCUUUUCAUUGACAUUUAUUUCCAGGUUUUGUAUUUUUUUUAAAAGUCAUGUCUCUCACUAAAAUUUAAUUGUUCUAUUACUUCAGGAUACAAUCAAGUAUUUAGCCUUGUCUUCAUAUCGAUGGUAUCAAGCUCUGUAGUGUUUGUUGUUAUAACUUAACAUGUUAAAUACAGUAGAUAAACAAAGUGUUUAAAUCUUCUUCUCCUCUAAACUACUUAUCAUUUCAAAAAGUGUUAUUACUUAAAUAAUAAAGUAUACUAUUUAAUAUUUUUGAACAUCAACCUGGUCAAAUGAGAGCAUUUUUACAUUUUUUCAAAAUAGGUAAUUAAGCAAGGGUGGUUCCUAAAAUUACAUAAUUGGACUUAGUAUAACUAAAAUCACUUUUUGCAAGUGUUAAAAAUGUAUUUUUAAUAUUUAAGUUACAGUUUCAAAUUUAGUUAAGGUUCUAUUUUUAAAGUAGUUAUAUACUUCGGUCCCAUAUCCCCUCUUUGUAUCAGUCCCUGUAGGUGGGUAGCUAAUUUUAUUAUUUUUGACCAAUGCAUCUUAAAUUAUAUAAUACCUAAUAGAAUAGUUGACUGAUCAAACAUCCAUUAUUUUAUGACAAUAAAAUAUAUACUAAGAUCAAUAUUAAAAGUCAUUAAUCAUAAAUUAUAUUUAUAGCGUGACAAUAGUGAAAGGGGUUAUUCAAUAUCAAUAUUAUUAUGAAGGACGCUAACAUAGCAUAGUGUGACCUUAUUAGACAAACAUUAUCUCAUUUAUGUUUGAUUUUGUAUGAUAUUUUAAUAGUUAAUCUUUUUUUUUUUUUAUGUUUACAGUUAGAGAAAUAUCUCCAAAAUAUGUUUUCGGUGAAAAAAAAUAUGGCCGACGAACAAAGCCUCGAGAUGAUAGUUUUAUCUUAAAUCAAUCAGAAAUAACUCAAGAUAUGAACAGUAGUAUAUUAUCUUCUCAAAAACAAGAAUAUGUUAACGUAAGUUGGAUAUCUUUUUUUAUAUUUUCCUAUGUAUAUUAAUCUCCAUGUUGUUAAUUUGUAGAUAAAUUCAGAUUUAAAAUCUGAUGACGAAACUACAAGUAAAGACAUGUUAUCACAGUGUGAUGAUAAACAUGGUAUGUUGGUAUUCCAAUAGAUAAUUUUUAUUUUCUAAAAAAACUUUGAACUCUUUUCAGAUUUGUUAAAAGAACGGAUGAUUAUGGAUAGACAUAAUUUAAGUCUGGCUUGUGAACACAUGGGCAUUACUUCAAAUGGUCUUAUAUCAAAAACUCAAUUAUUUGAUGUUAUCCAACAUUUUGACUGUAAUGAAAAAUUAUUUGAAAAGAUAAAUGAAAAAUAUCCCAAUGAAAAAAUGCCCAUUAAAGAAGUUCUAGAAAUAAUCAGUAUUUCAGACUUCCGGUCUGUUUCACCAAAUUCAGAAACAUCAACUUCUGGAGUUUCUUCUACAUCAUAUUAUCACAGAGAAGAUAAUUUACCAAAUGCAAUGUAAUAAUAAUGAUAGUAAUUAUUAUAAUUAGUUAUAAUGAUUGUACAUAUUUUAUAAUAUAAUACCAUCAAUAUUUUUAAUUUUAUUUAGGAUGGUGAAUAUUUGCACUAUUAUUGAAUUAUGGGAAAGCUGUGGUAUACCCGAGUCCGUUAAUUUACUACAAGAAUUAGGGAUUGAUACAUCUCUAGAUUCUGUAUAUGUACCUGAUCUAGUAACUAUUGUAAGCAGUCAACUCCAUAAAGUGCGAAACACUUUUGUUGAUUCUUCAUUAUCAGAUUAUGAAUCAAUUAAUACACCAUUUGUUUUGCUAAAAGCUUUAAGUUCUUUGAAUGAAUAUCAGGUUAAAUGGCUCAAGUAAGGGUAUAACAACAUUAAUAAAUCAUUAUGGUUAUAAUUAAUAAUAAAUGGAAUGUUUUGGCUUACAGAAUGAUUAUUGAACAAAUGAAUUGUGAGAGAGAAAAAUUAAAAUAUGAUGUAGAUACAGCAAACAAUAGAGCAGUAAUGCUUGCACAAGAAGUUGAUGAAAAUCAUAUGCGUUUAGAAAAAUCAUCAGCUGACAAAAUUACGUUAGAUUAAAGUUUUUAAAUUUAUCAACUACAGCAAAUUAUGUACUUAAUAAAUGUAUUAUUAUUUUUUUUUUUAAUUCAGUGCUAUAGAACACAAACAUCAUGAAGAACGAAAAACGCUUAUUAAUCAAUGGGAAUCAGAAAAAGAUCAUUUGUUAAAUCAGAAUAUAUUGCUCAAAGAUAAAUUGCAGCACGUACAAAAUUAUGAAAAUGAAUUACAAUCUCAACUCUUAAAAAUUAAUAAAGUUUGUUUGAUUUAGAUAAUUAAAGUUAAUUGGGAAUUAUAUGUAUAUAAUAAUUAAAAUGUAUCUUUUCUUAGCAAUUACAUUCAUUAGAAAGUGAAAAUACACAAUUGAAUGAACAACUGGAAGAAGUUAAAGAAAAAAAUAUUUCUCUGGAAGUUCAAGUACAAGAAAUUCCACAAUUAAAACUAAAGGUAUGUUUGUUGAAUAUUUUAUUCUUAUAUCUAUCUAUUAUUUAAUUUUUUAUAUCAUAUAAUAUAUUAUAUUUCAUUAUUAUAUAUUAUUUAAACAAUCAAUUUGAAUAUUAUACAUUAUUUAAAAAGAGUUUAGUUAUAAUAAAUUCUUAAUUAAUAUCACGAAUGAUACAUUUUGAGAUUAGCAAAAAAGCUAUUUAGUUUUACUACUUUUACUAAUCAUUUUUUUCUUGGAAAACUCUUUUCCAAUUAGUAUAAAAAGGUAAAAUAUUUUGACAUGGUUCUAUAGUACUUUUAAAAUGCAAUAAUUCCAUCUGGUAGGACUUAUUUUAAAAUAUUUUCAGAAGUUUUGACUAUUUACUUUCACACUUAAAACAACUAAUUUUUAGCCUAUUUAACUUGAUUUAGGAGUUAAUCUAAUUACUAGGCACUGAAGAAUCUUGUUUCUUUUGUUUAUAAUUAUGAAAAUUUUAAAUGUAUAACUGAGUAGUACUUGUUUUUUUUCUGUUAUUUACUAUACUAACAAUAGGUUUUAAAAAUUACCUCCAAAUCUUAUAUAUUAUCUUAUACUUACCAACAUAAAUAAGUAGCUUAUACAUUGUGCAAGGUAUAUCCACUUUUUAAAUUAAGAUCAUUUAAUGUGUAGUAAUUUAUUAAAUUAGAAGUAAUUUAUUUUGUAAGUAUUUACAAUAAGUAUUUAUUGUGUUUGAAAUAUAUUUGAUCAAAUUAUAGGAAUUUGAAUUAGAAUCGAAUAAUGAGCAGAUAAUAGAUCUCAUGCAAAAAAUUGAUAACUUAAAACAUGAAAAUAAGUGUCUAAGAGACCAAAAUGAUGAACUGGUUAUUGAACUUGAAGCAACUAAACGGUUUGUGUGAAUGUACCUUUUUAAACUUUUAGUAACAUGAACAUAUUUUCAUUAAUUAUUGGAAAUACUUUUAGACUGGAUAAUUUGGAUACAGACAGGUCAUUUGAAAGUAAUGUUCGAAAUUUCUUAGCUGAAGAAAACAGUCCAAACUGUUUUGGCAAAGUGAAACACUGUACAAUAGAAUCUUCUGCUGAAGAAGGAGGAAGUGAUUGUACAAAUACUUCUGAAACAUAUACCAUUGAGUCUGACUUCGAAACAUGGAAUAAAGUAAAUGGAUAAUUGAGUAUUAAUUACUGUUAACGUGUGUGUAUUUUUUUUUCUUUGGUUAUUUAUACAUUUGUCAUUGAUUUUAUGUUUAGCAGUGUGAUAAUACACCAAAAUCAAAUAAAGAAUAUCCUCAAAAAUCGUUAAUACUUUUGAAUAGUAUAAAAACAAAGCUAUCUCAAUCACAAAUUGAUUCGUCUCAUUUAGAAAAUUUAAUUGAAUAUUUGGUACAUAUGAAACAAACACCAAAAGCAGAUAGCUUGCAAGAAAUUACUCAAAACAACUCAUUAUCCUUAACACUUGAAUCUCCCAGUAGUUUUAUGACAUCUUCUCCUUUAAAUAAAUAUCCUACUAGAAGAUCAUUGAAUAAACAAUUUGAGAGUUCUUCAGAAAUUGAAUUUAGAGAUUCCACUUUGAUGGAUGUAACAAAUGGUAGUGUUGAAAAAUUGAAACAAAUGUAUAAUGAGUGUAAAUUAGAAAAUGAAGAAUUACAUAAUAAAUGUGAAAAAAUAGAAAGAGAUUGGGAGUUAAGGUACAAUAAGUUGUGUGAAGUGGCAGAUAAAGCUUUGGAUGAGGCCAAACGAUUGAAAGAUGAAUGCACUGAUUUGGAAAAAGGUAUGGAUGCAUUGCGUAAUGAAUACUUUGAGUGUGAAGAAUAUUGGUCACAAAAGUUAGAUGAAGAACGAAAAUUAAAUGAAUUGGUAAGUAAUGUUCAUAUCUAGUUACCUAAGUACUAAUUUUAUGAGAAUAAAUUUUUUUGUGAUUCAAAACUUAAAUAACUCAAUUAUGUUUUUAAGUAAAAUCAUAUAUUUUUACUUCUAUAGAAACAUAUUUAACACUUAAUUUUUUUUCGUGACUUAUUAAUAAAUUAAAUUAUAUUUGUAUAGGAAAAAAAAGUGAGUGAAGACAAACUGAAUGACUUAGAAAACAAGAUUAAAGAAUACAGUGAAGUUUUGGAAGAUACAACUGACAAUAAAUUGUCUUCAAUUGAUGAAAAUGCUGAGCUCGAAGAACAAGUAAUAAUUUGAUUCUUUCAGAAAUAAUUAGUUAUUAAAAGUCAAUAACUAUAAUUAACAAAAGUUAAUAAUUAUAAUUUUUGUAUAACAGAUAAAUUGUGUUCAACAAGAAUUUUCUAAUUAUUGUUUUAAAGUAGAAGAGGAGAUGAGAAAGCUUAAAAUUGAAAAUGAAAAAUUAAAAACUCAUGUUGUUAUGCCAGUUGAAAAAGUAGACCGUGAAGUACCAAAUUGUCAGUUCAAAGAUGAAUGUGAAAAAUGCUAUGAAAAUUCAAAGGUAUGUGUUUUCUCCUCUUAUGUUUAUAAUUAUAUAUUAUUUUGUAUUUAUAUUUUAUACAUUUACUGUAUCAUUUCUAUAGUCUUACAGUGAACUUAAAAAUAAGCAAUUUGACUUAAAAAAAAAUCGUGAAAAAUUAGGUAUAGAAUGUCGAAGUCUAUUGCAAAAGAGAAGCAUACUUAAAAAUGAAAUAUUACAACUACAAGAGUACCUAAAUGUACUUUCAGUAAGUAACUAACACAAUUAUAUAUAUUAUACUGUAUUUAAUUAACCUAUUAAAGUUCAUUGGUUACUUGAGCCAUUCAAAAUCUAAAACGAAAGAGUCAAGCUACCUGUGGUCUGGAUCAAUUUUGUUUUUGUUAAAUCAUUUUUCUUUGUAUAGAACACCCACAAGGAGUUAUUUAUGCGAAAGGAAAUUAACCAAGCUAAUCAGGUGUCUAUGGAUGUUAAAAAGUACAAAGAACUUGAGCAAAAGCUGCAUGAUGAACAAGCCAGGCAUCAAAAGUUAACUAACGGUUAGUAUAUCAAAUUUGAUGAGGUCUUUUAUAACAUUUUAAUGAUUUUUUUUUACUAUUGUUUUGUACUAGUUGCUAAUAAAUUAUAAUUUUUUUUUUUUUUGGCGUAAGACUGGUCAUCUUUAUAUUAUGUUCAAUUAAUAUAACAAAAUGAACUUAGUUUUGAAACUUUUAUAUUGUCAUAUUUUGCUUUUUUGACAUUUUGAAUUUGUUUAUGUUUCCUCUUUUUGGCUAUUUUUCAUUUUAAAAUAAAUUUUAUGUAAAAUAAAGUCAACAUUUGGACUUUAUCUGAAACAAUUUUUUGUACUCUUAAAAAAGUUUUUCAAAAAUAUCAAAAUAAUUUUUAAUAACUGAUAACAAAUGAUGUCUUCUAUGUUUCGGAUAGUCUUGGACAGACAUAUAUGAUUUCUUGAAUAUGAAAAUUCCUAAUUUGUUAUUGGUAUUUAGCUGUUUAGAAAAUUCACCUAUUAUCAUCUGUUUAAAUACCUCUUGUUAUUUUUGAAAUAAAUUACAUUACUACCUUUUAAUUAAAUUAUAUGAUUUAUAUUAUUUUGUUGUUUUAAAUUUAGCUAUCUGGAAUGAACAUCAGACUAAAAUUGACGUGGCACAUAAGCUAUUACGAUCAUCUCAAGACAAACUUGAAGAACAAAUUAAAAUACGAAAAGAACAAGUUAGUGUUGAUGUAUAUUGCAGACAACCAAAUCUGUUUCAGAAGCCUCAAUAUUUCUUUUUGGGUUUUUUUUUUUCAGAACAAGCAAUUGAUGAGUGCCGAUAUGAUUGUGAAAGAAUUGUUCAUUGAAAAUGCCAAACUUAUGUCAAUGAUUCAUGGCCUCCAAACACAAAUUGAUCGCUCAUCUAGUUACAAUUCGGUUUAAACAGUGUUCUUACUAUUAAUAAUUAUUAUUAUUUUGUGUAUUAUUUCCUCAUUAAUUAUUAAUUAUCAUUGAAAUACUAUGCAAUAUUGUGCAGUUUAUUAUCAUAUCUAAAUUUGGUUGUAUAUUAGAAAUAAUUAUAAGGAUUAUACACUGUUUUUUUUUUUUAUAGGUGUGGUUUUUUUUUUGUUUUAAUUAUUAAUUUUUUAAAUUAUGUAUAAACAUAUUUCCUAAGCAUAAAAUAAUUGUUAACAGUGCCUUAAACAGAGAGCUUAUUAUUUGGACUCAACGAGUUCCUGUAUAUGUAAACUACUGCAGGGUGACUAAAUAAAAAAUAAAUAUAUUAUCAUACUUUAAUUAAAUUAUAUUUAGGUUAAGUAAUAACUAUUUUAUUAUUUUUAAUUCUAUAAAUACUAAUGUUAAAUUAUGCACUUUUAUUGUGAUUACUAUUACUUAAUUAGGCUUUGUUAUUUGAAUUAAUUUCAACAUUUUUUGUUUUAAAUUUUAGUCUUAUCAGAUAAUCCUAGAAAUAAUAACUUUAUUUUAUUUUUUACUUGUCACCAAGAUCGACAUUCAAUAGCUUAAAGGAAAUCCGACUAUUUUUGUUUUACAUUUAAGUUAUGUUAUAUUUUUUUUUGCAUGCUUAUGUCAUAUAUAUUGUUUAUUCCUUUUUUGUUUUCACCAAUUUUUCUUACCUAGAUGUUACAACUGAUUUUUUUUUUUUGUUAUUAUUUGUAACUUAGAGAUGAUUAGACGGUAUCUUAAAAUAUAUUACCUCAUUAAUUCUCUUACAAGACGUUUCGCUUUAUAUAACGCACGCAUUCUACAAGUCUAGUCAAUUUAAUAAACUCAAUCAUCUUAAAAAAAUAAAAAUUGUCCAGUACAAUUUUUAAUAAAAUACUAGUCAGUUUUACAAAUUUCAUCUCUAAGUAGUAUAGUUGUGCAUUUGUUUAUAAUUUAUUACCGUCUAGAGCUCUACUGUAAAACUUGCCUUAUGGAUGUACUAUGUAAGACUUAAAAUAAAUGGUUGUUUUUUUUAUUGUUUGUUGGUUGUAAGGCAUGAUCUAUUAUAUUUAAAAUAUUUAUAAAAUUGUUAACGAAUAGGUUUUGUCUACUGCACAAAACAAACCAACUGAAUUGCUAUUUUCUAUUCAUUGUUAAUAAUAUUUAAACUAUUAGUUAUUAUAUGCAAU